GUUAGGACCAGCUGAGCGGAAGUUGUCUACCUUGCUUGCUACUUUUCGAGGUCAAGCGAUAAUACAGCUCUCCAGUCGCGUUCAGGAUAUCGGGGGCCUUUGUUUGUCAGUGAGGAUUGUGAAGGGGUUUCUGUAGUAAAUCGUACAGUCAUGGCGAAGAAAAGGAGGCUGCGCCUGAUAGCAGAAAUGGCUCGGAAGAUCAGGGCGUACAGAGAGCUGAAGUCACGGCCACGGGAGUCCCAGAAGUACGCCUUGGAUUAUGAGACGAUGAAACGACCCCUCACUGGGAAGAUGCUGCCUGUGUUGGCCUGGCAGGAUGUCCGCAGAGAGAGCCGCCUCUUCUCCCUUCUGGCAGGGAUGAGAAUGUUUGGAGUGGGUCGUAUGUUCACCCGCAAAUCCUGGUUGGAAGACCACACAGAGCCCAGCUACUGGCAGAUCACCAAGGUCAAGGUGGACUACACAUCUGAGAACAUGGAUCACGGCAAGGCAUGGGGAAUCCUCACCUAUAAAGGAAAACAAGAGAGUGAAGUGAAGGAGGUGGACAAAGUGAUGUACCAUGACUGGCGUCUAAUUCCCAAACACACAGAGCAGCAGUUCAAGGACUUCACGCCACUUCCUGAGCCACCUGUGCGCUACGUCCCCUACCCUCCCCUGCUUCGUGCCAUGCUCCUGGCCCAGCGAAGUAAAGCAGAAGGCAGCACAUUGUCAAAGGAGCCGGCCUUGCCACUGAAAAGGGACGUGCUGCUUAACAAAGACUAUUUCUGCAAACAGGAACAAGAGCGUCAGAGUAAAGAUGGCACGGCUGUUUGAAAAUGAUGUGCUUCUCAACAUCAAGGGUAAAAAAUCUUUGAGCACUUGUGGCUUAAUGCCCUGCUUGAUACUGGACUGAAAUGAUUCUUCUGUUCAUCUGCUACAGACCUGUAUGUGUGUUUAUCUGGGUGAUGUUAAACAUUAAAUUUUAGAUAAAACAUG